AUGACAGCAGAAGCUCCUCUGAUUGAUUGGCAACAGGGACUAGUCACAUUCCCUGAACAAGUUCAAAUUGCCUCUGAGGAAGAAGCGGACUCAGAUCCUUUAGCAGACCUUCCCCCUCAGUACCAUGAGUUUGCUAAAGUAUUUGGCAAAGAAGAAUUUAAGGUCCUCCCUCCACAUAGGGAGUAUGACAUCUCCAUUGACCUUGUCCCAGACGCCAAACUGACCCCUGGUCCCAUAUACGGCAUGACGGAUGCGGAAUCCAAGGCAUUAAAACAACACAUUGACAAGGAAUUAGCAACGGGCAAAAUUUGCCCCAGCACUUCAUCCGCCGGCGCUCCAGUCAUGUUUGUAAAGAAGGCAGAUGGUUCACUAAGAUUGGUAGUUGACUAUAGGAAGUUAAAUGACGUCUUGCACAAGAACGUUUACCCACUCCCUAGGCAAGACAACUUGAUGGCCAAGCUCAGGCAUGCAAAGAUGUUCACCAAGCUAGAUCUACGCUGGGGUUACAACAAUGUCAGGAUCAAGGAAGGAGAUGAAUGGAAAACAGCAUUUAGGACUAAAUAUGGGCUAUUUGAAUACCUGGUAAUGCCUUUUGGCCUCACCAACGCCCCAGCCGCCUUCCAACAUUUCAUGAACAACCUGUUCAGGGACCUCAUUGACGUCACAGUGGUGAUCUAUUUGGAUGACAUCUUAAUCUUCUUGGAGAAACUGGAGGACCACCCUAACCACGUAAGGGAAGUCCUCUCCCGGUUGAUGAAGAAUCAGCUGUUCUGCAAGCUCUCCAAGUGCCACUUCCACGUCACCACGGUUGAUUAUCUUGGCAUUGUCAUAUCCCCCACCGGUUUUUCCAUGGACCAAAAGAAGAUCAAGGCGGUCACAUCAUGGCCUCAACCCAAGACAGUCAAACAGGCCCAGGCCUUUCUAGGGUUUGUCAAUUACCUCAGACAUUUUAUUCCCAACUUCAGCACGGUUGCGCGCCCCCUACACAAUCUCACCAAAAAGGAAACCCCCUGGUCAUGGGGUGAAACGGAGGAAGACGCAUUCCAGGAAUUAAAGGCCCUUGUCACCAAAUCCCCGGUUCUUAUCCACUCCAAUCCAGAACUACCCUACUACCUAGAAACAGACGCAUCAGGGGUAGCCAUGGGAGCUAUAUUGAGCCAAAGAGGAGAGGAUAACCGGCUCCAUCCAAUCGCGUAUAUGUCAAAAUCCUUCUCGGGUGCUGAAGCCAACUAUGAUACCCACAACAAGGAACUAUUGGCUAUCAUCAAGGCAUUGGAAGAAUGGAGGAUCUUCUUGGAAGCCACCAACAAGCCUGCAUGGACAUUCAAUAGGAGACACGCUAGAUGGCGCAUCUUCUUGAGCAACUUUAACUUCAAAAUCCACUAUUGCCCAGGAAAACAGUCAGGAAAGCCAGACGCCCUCUCCAGAAGAUUGGAUUAUGUAGACCUACCCACUGAACCAGAAGUCAUGCUACCCGCAGAAGUCUUUGCAAACACCUUGGAAGAGGAGGUUGAAAUUGUCACAGAAAUACGGUCUAGAAUCAGAGAAGACCCAUCCCUGGAACCAAUCAUCCAGUUCCUUACAGAAAACGCGGAGGAUGCACCUCCUUCCAUUCAAAAGGCUUAUCGGGAUUAUGACUGGGAAGAAGACCUUCUGUGGUACCGCGGAAAAUUAGUAGUCCCGGACUCAGAGCCUCUCAAGGAACAAUUGCUUAAGGAAUUCCACGACUCCCCAUUGGCGGGUCACCCAGGACAACAAAGGACGUUAGAACUCCUUAGCCGGAAUUACUGGUGGCCAGGAAUGAAAUCAUCCGCCAAGGAAUGGGUAGAGUGCUGUCCUACCUGCCAAGCCAAUCGACAAGCUCACGCCCCUGCCAUUGCCCUAAAACCAUUGGAAGUCCCCCCUUUCCCGUUCCACACAAUAUCCUACAACUUUAUCACGGGGUUCCCCAAAUCUGAUGGGUACAAUGCAAUUCUAGUGGUAAUCGAUUCCUUCUCCAAGUUUGGUCAUUUUAUCCCAACCACAAAGAAGGUCACGGCUAAGGGUCUAGCCGACCUGUUCAUCACCCACGUUUGGAAGUUACACGGACUACCGGUCAAAACAGUUUCAGACCGCGGAACAACGUUCACAGGGAAAUUCCUAAGAGCAUUAUACCAACGCCUUGGAAUCAAACCGGCCUUCUCCUCAGCCUACCAUCCGGAGUCAGACGGACAAACAGAAAGGGUGAACCAAUUUAUUGAGUUCUACCUUAGGUCCUACGUUGCGGCGGAUCAUUCAGACUGGGCUACCUGGCUACCGUUAGCAGAAUAUGCGUACAACAACGCUAGACACUUGGCCACAGGAAAGACCCCCUUUGAACUUGUCUAUGGAAGGAACCCUGUCAUGAGCCCAUCCAACGUACCAGCGAAUGUUCCGGAAGCCGACCACGUAGCCAACACCCUGGCUCAAGAAUGGAAGGAAGCGGAAUCCGCCCUGAGACUGACAAAGGAAAGAAUGGCAGGAAACAAAGGAAUAACCCCAGAAUACGCAAUUGGCAAAAAAGUCUGGCUGGAUGGGAAAAAUGUGGAGCUUAGAACCAACUCCAACAAAUUGGACCCUAAGAGACUAGGCCCUUUUGAAGUCUUAGAAAAAAUUUCCAGCCAUGCGUACCGACUAAAACUUCCGGAAACUGUGAAAAUCCAUGACGUGUUCUAUGUAGGACUGUUAUCCAAAGUCCACGAAUCUCCCAGUCAACCCUUCCCAGAACAUCCCCCUCCAGAAACAAUCAAAGGGGAAGAAGAAUAUGAGGUAGAACAGAUCAUUGACUCCAAAAGACAACGAGGAAAAUGGUUCUACUUGAUAAAAUGGAAAGGUUAUGGACCGGAAGACAAUUCAUGGGAACCAGAAGAACUCCUGGAACACAGCCAAGAAGAAAUUCAACGCUUCAACAAGUCACGACUGAAAAAGGCUUGUGACUCUGCCAAGAGCCUUUAA